AUGGGGUCUGUCGAGGAGGCCACCGCGGCGAUCGCGGCGCUGCACGAGCAGCACACGUGGCAGGGCAUGGCGCAGCCGAUGGUCGUGCGCUGGAUGGACUCUGCCCUGCAGCGGCGGCGGCGCGAAGACCACCUCAGCGGGCGGCAGGCGCCUGCUGUGACAGUGCCCAUCUCCGGGGCGUUCCUGACCUCCUUCUCGGCCCCCUCCAACCUCGUCGGCGCCCGUGGCGCCCUGCCCGACGCGCGCGGCCCCGCCGCCGGCGCGCCUGUCGGCCUGCUCGCCCCCCACGCGCACGCACACGCGCACGCGCAUGCAGCGGCCCCACACCCGCAUCCGCACGCGCUGCCGCUGCCGCACUUGUCGGACGCGUCGCUCUACGCGCCAAUGCCGACCGAGGUGCCGCCGCCGGGCUGCGCGCCGGACGCUUAUAAGCUCUUCAUCGGCAAUGUGCCCAGCUGCUACACCGAAAGGGACCUCCGCCCGCUGUUCGAGUCCAUCGGCCCCGUGGUCGAGCUCGUGGUGCUCUACGACAAGCAGACCGGAAGCUCAAAGGGCAGCGCCUUCUGCUGGUACACCACCCGCGCCGACGCCGACCGCGCGGCCCAACACUUCAACGAGCGCCACCUGCUGCCAGACCCGACGGGCCACCAGCAGCGCCCGCUGGUCGUGCGCCCGGCGACGGUCCGGCGCUCGGUGCCGCGCGCGCUGCUCGGCGCGGGGAUGGCCGGCGCCGUCGCCGCGGGCGGCGGCGGCGCGCUCGGCGGCGCGGGGCUGCACCCGCAGUACGGGCUGCAGCAGCCGCAGCAGCAGCAGCAGCGCGGCGCCGCGGCGGCCGCCGCGCCGCCCGGCGGGAUUGGGCGGCUGAUGCACCCGAUCAUGCUCGGGCCCGGCGGCAGCGCGGACAGUGGUGUCUUCAACAGCGGGUCGUUCCUGGUGGACAGCUCCGCGGCGUUUGCCUCCGCUGGCCACGAUGGUGAUCUGUCAGCCCUGGCCUCUGGCGGCUAUGCGCUCGGCCCCGGCAGCGGUGCCGACAGCGGCGGCUACGCGCCGCUGAGCAGCGGCGCCGCGCCCGGCGGCGGCGGCGGCGCCGGCGCGGCGGGCCCGGGGUCGGCCGGCAACAGCACUGGCGCGGCGGGCGCCGGCGCGUGGGACGCGGGCGGCGUCGGGGCGCUGGGGCAACUCCACUGA